AUGAAUGAAUCUUUGAGACAAUCGAUUAUGCAAAUGAAAAAUCACGCUAUAAUUGAUGAAACAAGCAUAACAUCAAUAGUCCAUAGCAUUGAUAAUCCCCUUGGGAGCUCAAGUUUCUCUGGUGUAUUUAAUUCGGACGAUCAGCCAGAUGACCUUCCGUUAUGCAUUAAAAAUUUCACUACAAUAGAUGAAGCCAGCAUAACACCAGAGGCUCACUGUAUUGAUAACACCCUUGGGAGCCAGUCAGACGACUUUCUGUCAGGCUUUGAAAAUUUCACUGUAGCUGAUGGGGUUAACAUAGCCAUUGACCGGACGGAUAGUUCGCUGAAUACAUCCUCAUCGUUCAAGAAACAGCUAAAGAAAUACCGAGAGAAACAGUCUCUUGCGUUUCCCAAUAGAUCACACAAUUGGAUGAAUAAACCUGUCCCUACAAACCCCCCAAACAACAGAAUUAAAUACUUUCAAUACAAAUAA